AUGGACUCGAACCUCAAGCCCAAGAAGUGUAUUUUGAAGAAGCGAAGCUCCAGCAACGCGCAGAAGCCGAGUGGCCAAGUGAUAAGGGGGAAGAGCCAGCGAUGGGACGAGAUGAAUAUCCUGACGACUCAUCACCCGACCGGGAAGGAUUACGGCUUCAUGAAGAUCGAUGAGCUGCAGACUCCCUAUUGCAGCGGGAAUGAUGGGGGGCUUGAAGAAGCGGCAAGCAGCACGUCUGGAUCACAGGGACGCUUCAGUCCUAAACUGCUGGCAAAGAGGCUGAUGGCGCUAGUGGGCUCUCCCAGAAUCCUUCAAGAACAGACCGAGGAAGACAUCGAGGAAGAGGGAGGAGCUCUAUCGCAUGACCCAGCAGAACAGCAAAGCUUUGAGCUCCAGAGGAGGAAACACUAUGACGAGGGCCAGCACGUCACCAGAGAGGUGUCUGAGGAGGAGGGGAGGGGAGGGGCAGGAAGAGACGAAGGUGAAGAUGAUGAGUGA